AGAAAUUAAAAUUACUUACAGUACAAGCAGAACUGGUUUUAUCCAGUACAGCAUCCGCGCUAAUUCGAUUGAGAACAGUAAAUUUCUAUACUGUAUUUAAUUAUUUGUUGUUUUUGCUUAACUUGUAAAAUAUACGUGCGCGCUCGGUGGUCGAUUUAAUUUUGGUAUGGGAAUUUACAGCAAGUCAUUUAACACUUUUUACGCAAUCAGUAAAGAUUCCCGUCCAGCGCUACGUGAUUUAUUCGCGUCAAUUUUAGCCGUACAUAUGUACAAGAAAGAGUAUAAGUAGACGUCUCAGCAAAAGGUGGCGACAGCGGAAUACAGCAUUAUGGGCAACUCCUCCACUGCGCCCGGAUAUCAUCCAAGCGAAGUGAAAGUUUCCAUUCUUGAUGCUCGCAAUCUCCCAUUGUACCGCAAAAGGAAAGGCGGAAAUUAUGGCUCCAGUACGAUUGUGAUCUUUUCGAUCGGCGACCAGGUUGUGAGAACCCUAGAACGCUCUACUGAAACGGGAAAUGCUGUCUACAAUCAGUCCUGGACUUUCAAAUUCACCAUGCCAGAGCACAGCCCAUUAUUCAUCCAGAUUAAGGACAUGGAGCUGGGAAUUUUGGGUUCCCACGAAGUGCCGUUUGAGGAGAUUCCUUAUUCACCUCAUCGCGACCGGAAAACCUUAUUUUCCUUUGUCUUCAAACCAACCAUCGCAUCAGACAAACUGGCGGAUGUAACGGUGAUUAAUAGCGAAAAGCAGUGUGAGCUAUUAUUCAAUGCAAGGGUCACGCAACUGCACUUCAAAGUGAACAGCCGAUGA